GGUUCUGAUAAUACUGAAGGUGUUAAGUUGAAUGCUAACAGUUCUGAUAAUAAUGAAGGUGUUAAGUUAAAUGCUGACAGUUCUGAUAAUACCGAAGGUGUUAAUUUAAAUGCUGAAGAUUCUGAUAAUGCCAGAUGUGAUGAUGGGAAUGAUUACAAUUCGAAUUAUAUCGUAAAUUUUAAUUUGAAUACUCCCAACCCCAUUAUCCUCCUAGUAAGAAAAACAGAAAUUGCCAACGCCAUCAAAAGAUGUGCUUAUGGAGUCAAGGCUAUCCUGUUUGUUUUCAAAGCAAAGCGGUUUACAGCUGAGCAAAAGAAUAUUUUGGAUGGACUAAGGCUCUUUCUUGGUGAAGGAGUAAUUCAUCAUAUCAUUGCUAAUAUAGACAACCGUUGGGCUAUUUCUCCAAACCCUGAUUAUAUUUCACUAGAUGAUCCUAAUUAUAAAUUAAGAUUAGGAGAGAUUAAGUCAUUAAUCAAUAGUAUGCAAGAAGCAUAUACUUCCAAUCAACUUGAAAAGUCUCAAAAAGAUCAAGAAGAGAUUCAUCGCAAAAAAGCAGAGAAAGAAAAAAAGGCAAAGGAAGAAUAUGAAUUAAAAUUAAAAGAGAGUGCAAAACAACAGUCUAAAGAGGCUCACCAACGUAAACUAGAGGAAAUUAAAUAG